UGAAAGCGCCAAAUGGGACGGUAACCGACAGCCUAGGUUGUUGGGACCUGAGGCAUUUUCGGACAGUCGGACGAUGCCGUGACGCAGUAUAGCGACAGCGUUGGCAGUGUGAGAGCACCCCUGUGGAGGGAGCCCUUCGGUCGUGGAGGUGGCACGGCGUGGAAGCAGGUUGCUAUUUGAGACUGCUCCCUUGGCGUCCUUCUAGAGUGGGGGAGGGGUGAACGAGGAGCUGUUCCUGUCUGCGCUUGCGCGUUCGUCUCUGCUGACCCGGCCCGCACGCUCGCGCAUGUCCGCUGAUCGCGGAGCCGCGGUGGCCGGCGUCAGUGCGCGUGCGCGCUGACGAAUCUUCUGAGGAGCGGCGCUGGCGGACGUCGAGCGAGCGGUGCGUGACGUCGUGAGGAGCUCUUUAAAGUGCGGGUUGGGCCGGGCGUCGGAGGGGCUGGCUGGGAGUCAAGCUGAUCCUGCGCAGUCGUCCUCCGCGGCAUGAGGUGUUGCUGGUUCCCCUGCUGCCCGGGACGUGGAGAAGGUGGAGGAGGAGGAAGCACCGUAGUCUCCACUGCUGCAUGACCCGCCGCCUCUGAGGCUCGACCCAGCACCUGGUCUUUCGACUUCCCCCGGCGGGUCCUCGUAUGGGGGCCUGACGCUGAGGACCCCCUUCCCCUCGGGGGCCCCGGGGCGCGUCCCCCGAGAGCCAUGCCCGGCCGCCCAGCCCGCCCCGAAGGACCCUGAGCAGCGUUGCGGGGCUAUGGCGGCCGCCAGCGGUUACACGGACCUACGUGAAAAGCUCAAGUCCAUGACGUCCCGGGACAACUACAAGACGGGCAGCCGGGAGGCAGCGGCGGCAGCCGCCGCCGCUGUGGCAGCCGCCGCCGCUGCCGCGGCCGCCGCCGAGCCUUACCCGGUGUCCGGGGCCAAGCGCAAGUACCAGGAAGAUUCAGACCCCGAGCGCAGCGACUACGAGGAGCAGCAGCUGCAGAAGGAGGAGGAGGCGCGCAAGGUGAAGAGCGGGAUCCGGCAGAUGCGCCUCUUCAGCCAGGACGAGUGCGCCAAGAUCGAGGCCCGCAUCGACGAGGUGGUGUCCCGCGCCGAGAAGGGCCUGUACAAUGAGCACACGGUGGACCGGGCUCCACUGCGCAACAAGUACUUCUUCGGCGAGGGUUACACGUAUGGCGCCCAGCUGCAGAAGCGCGGGCCCGGCCAGGAGCGCCUCUACCCGCCAGGCGACGUGGACGAGAUCCCCGAGUGGGUGCACCAGCUGGUGAUCCAGAAGCUGGUGGAGCACCGCGUCAUCCCCGAGGGUUUCGUCAAUAGUGCCGUCAUCAACGACUACCAGCCCGGUGGCUGCAUCGUGUCCCACGUGGACCCCAUCCAUAUCUUCGAGCGCCCCAUCGUGUCUGUGUCCUUCUUUAGCGACUCCGCGCUCUGCUUUGGCUGCAAGUUCCAGUUCAAGCCUAUUCGGGUGUCGGAACCUGUGCUUUCCCUGCCAGUGCGCAGGGGGAGCGUGACUGUACUCAGUGGAUAUGCUGCUGAUGAAAUCACUCACUGCAUACGGCCUCAGGACAUCAAGGAGCGCAGAGCAGUCAUCAUCCUCAGGAAGACUAGAUUAGAUGCGCCUCGGCUGGAGACAAAGUCCCUCAGCAGUUCCGUGUUACCACCCAGCUAUGCUUCAGAUCGCCUAUCAGGAAACAACAGGGACCCUGCUCUGAAACCCAAGCGGUCCCACCGCAAGGCAGACCCUGAUGCUGCUCACAGGCCUAGAAUCCUGGAGAUGGACAAGGAGGAGAACCGGCGCUCAGUGCUACUGCCUGCGCACCGGCGGAGGGGGAGCCUCAGCUCUGAGAACUACUGGCGCAAGUCCUACGAGUCUGGGGAGGACUGCUCAGAGGCCGCAGGCAGCCCCACCCGGAAAGUGAAGAUGCGGAGGCACUGAGGCCUGUUGCACCCUCUCUGGAACUCUGGUUAAUCCUCACGUAGUCACCCCGUUUUUCUUUUGUUUUGGGGGGAGGGUUUUUGACCCUUUUUUCCCCCAUGGUUUGUUGCCUGUUAAGGCUGAAGAACAGAAUUAGUUCUUGUUUUUCUUUUAGGAUGGAAAAGCUGACAGAAACUCAUGCUGGAGUAGCCAGUAGAGGCAUGCAGGGCAACCAUCUUCAAGUGGGGCUGGGUCAGGCCAGUUUUAUU